GCGAGAGGAAAAAGGGCAGAGGGAGCGAAUGAGAGAAUGAGAUAAGCAGAGGCGGCAGCAUCUCUUUGGUGCAUUCAGCUUGCAGCAGCUCAGGAGGCAGGAAGGAAGGAAGAGAGGAAAAAGGAGAACACCAGCAACUGUCUGAAGGGGGCGACACCACACCUCUCUAGCUCUCUCUUUCUCUAGUAGAUACACACUGUCCCACGUCACAGCACGCAUUUUCAGGAGGCGUGAGGCUCAGGAGGAGGAACACCACUCACACGCUCGCUGUUUCUGUUGCCCCGGCUGCACUUUCGGGAGCUGUCUCUUGAAGGCUGGACCAGAGCUGUUUCCAUCCUCGCUCGCUUCAUCCAUCCUCUCUUCCCUUCCUGCUUUACCAUCCAACACAGAAGCAGCUCUCUGUCACGCAUCCCUCGAUCAUCUGGACUGAUUUGUUUGCUCUGUCAUUCAUCUAACCCCUGAUCCACUUUGCCUUCACUCCAUUCAGCCUGGACAUCAGAAGGUGCCCAGUCAGGAGAAAGACACAUCUACAGUCGACUGAGAAUCCCAUCUUUCAACCGAAAUCAUGAACUUCCUCCGCCGCCGUCUCUCCGACAGCAGCUUCAUGUCCAACCUGCCCAAUGGCUACAUGACAGACCUUCAGAGGCCUGACCCACCUGCUCCUCCACCCCCCACCACCUCCUCUCCUUCCCAGCAAGGUGCAGCCCCUGCUUCAGCUCCUGCCCCUACCCUCUCCCCAACAAAAGCUCCUACUCCAUCCCAGGUGCCUGCCAGUUCUCCUGGGCCACAGGAGCGUCAACCAUCCCAGCUGGCCCAGCAGCCCCAACAGGCUCAGUCCUCCUCCUCCUCUGGUGGAUCUUCCGGCUUCUUCAGCUCCUUCAGCUCCAUCACCAACGUGGUCAAACAGACGGCCGCAUCCGCCGCUGGCUUUGUGGAGCAGUCGGCCCCUUCCCCAUCCCUCUCCAAGAAGUUCAAGAUCCUGUUGGUCAUUGAUGAGCCCCAGCAUGAGUGGGCAAAAGUGUUCAGAGGAAAGAAGGUCCUUGGGGAAUACGACAUCAAAGUGGAGCAGGCUGAGUUCUCGGAGGUCAAUCUUGUUGCUCAUUCAAAUGGAACCUGCAAUGUGGACAUGCAGGUCAUCAGAGGCGGCACCAAGGUCGUCAGGUCAUUCAGGCCUGAUUUUGUUUUGGUGCGCCAACACGCCUUCAGCAUGGCUCAAAAUGAGGACUUUAGAAACUUGAUCAUUGGUCUUCAGUAUGCAGGCGUCCCUUCAGUCAACACUCUGGACUCCAUUUACAACCUGUGUGACAAACCCUGGGCUUUUUCCCAGCUGAUCAACAACCAGAAGCGGUUGGGUUCAGAUAAGUUUCCUCUCAUUAAUCAGACGUUCUACCCCAACUACAGAGACAUGAUUACAACACCAAGUUUCCCAGUAGUGGUGAAGAUCGGACAUGCCCACUCUGGAAUGGGAAAGGUAAAGGUGGACAACGUUAGUGAUUUCCAAGACAUUGCAAGUGUGGUGGCCAUCACUCAGACCUACUGUACUACAGAGCCAUUUGUAGAUGCCAAGUAUGACAUCAGGGUCCAAAAAAUUGGAGCUGACUACAAAGCUUAUAUGCGAACAUCCAUCUCUGGUAAUUGGAAAAGCAACACCGGAUCUGCCAUGUUGGAACAAGUAGCCAUGACUGACAACAACCCUGACAUUACAAUAGCAAUUUUUUUAAAUGAAAUACGGUAUUUUUUUGGUCUUGGGAUUUUAUGCAGAACAUCUGCAGUCGAUGAUCCAUUGUAUCCUGCUGUCCAGGUUGUGGGCUCAUCUAUGCAGCUGAUUGGCGAUCACCAGGCAGAAGAUCGGCAGCUCAUUUCUGAGGUGGUGCUGGCUAAGAUGAACCAAGCGCUGACUACCAGGUCAUCCAGUGCUUCCCGCUCGCCUGCUCGCUCUCCUCAAGGCCAGAAGCCGACAACUGUGCAGCCCCAGCAGACUGCUUCUGCUAAGGAAGGCCUGGCAGACCCAAACAGGAGCUCAGGCCAACGUCCUCAACCUCAAGGUGCGGCACUGAAAUCACAGAGUGUGGAUGUAACAGCAGAAUCAGCAAAAAGAAUGUCUGAACCUAAGCCUGACCAAGCCCAGAAACCUGCUGGCGCUCAGAAACCAGCUCAGGCUCAGAAACCGAGUCCUGUCCAAAAGGCUGCCUCUGUCACGAAGCCACCUGUGCCAAGGCCUCCCCCAAUGACCAGAGCCCCUUCUGUAACAAAGCCAACCCAAGAUUCUGCUUCCAGCUCAGUCCCAUCCAAAGCUUCACCAUCAUCCCCAGCUAAAGCAGCCAAAGCUCCUGGUUCUCCACCAACAAAAGCCCCAGCAGCAACUUCAAGUUCCCCUCCAGCCUCUCCCAAACCUUCUGCUGCCACCACAGAGCAGCCCAAACCCCAGCCACAAGGCUCUCCAUCAGCAUCACCUGGGAAGCCUAAAGAUCUGCCCCCAAAACCCACACCACCUGCAAAGCCGAUCCCUCCUGUUCGCAGGAAUUCUAAGCCACAGCUUCAGCCAAAGCCACAGUCUCCCACUCCUCCAAAGGCUUUCCCCAAGCCCCAGCCCACCACUCAACCCCAAGGCCCUGAACCCACCUUGGUGUCUGAUGCCACACAACCUGCACAGGUCCAGUCCCCUGCUAAAUCCAGCCAGCCCUCCUCUAACGUCCAGGCUCAAGCUCAGGCCAAGCCACUCUCUCCAUCCCAAAACCCUGAGCCGAUUCCAGCUGAAGCACCCGCAGCAUCCAGUGAUCCCCAGGCGCCUGUUGAAGAUCAGCCCCAACAAAAGACCCAUCCACUACUGAAUAAGUCCCAGUCCCUGACCAAUGCCUUCAACGCCUUUAGCGACUCCUCUUUCUUCCGCGGGGUCUCAGGCUCCGGUGGCGAUGGCCAAGAAGAAGCAAAAGCUGAAACCAUUCGCAACCUUCGAAAGUCCUUUGCCAGCCUUUUCUCUGAUUAAACACAACCAAACACAACCGCUUGUUAAUGCUGGUCCUCCUUUUAACCAGUGACCAGCUUUUCUGAUUGACAUUAGAUGUGAACCAGUCUGAGAUUAAAGUUUGUGUGUCAGUUGUACUUUAUUCCCCACACCCUUUUUCCUGUUCAGCUCCUCUCCUAUCUCCCCAGUGCAGGUAACAGAGAGGCCUAUUGGAGACAAAGAUUAUUCAAAGACUGUCUUGAAGGAGUUACGUCAUUGAUACAGUGCCUGACAAAAUAUACGUAUAUCUCUUGAUAUGUUUCACAUUCUGUUACAUUGAAACCACAAACUUCAGUAUAUUGACAUGAUAGACAAACACUAGAAAAUGCAUCAUUUUGAAACGGAUGGAAAAAGCCAGACAUGAGCUAAAGCUGUCUUGUUGGCAGAUUCCUCCACAUACCAAUUGGAUGACCUCUGAAGUCAGGUGUUCAUUGGAUUUUAUUUAGGUAGCUUACAGUAAAAGUGCUAGAUUUUACUUCCCCAUCACAAUUCAGAUAUUCUCUUCUUUUGCAAAAAAAAAAGUCAAUUUGUGAACCAUUUUUUAUCGUUUCUCAGUUAUGUGCAAGUUUACCUCAAACUGCUACAUUGCCAUAGUGAUGUAUGUAUAGCACUAAUCCCUGUUGAUUCAUAUUCAGAAUAUGCAAAGGAUCACACCUGAAACAUGUUUGAAGUAAUGCUAAAUUAUGACCAAUUUUCCUAAUACACAUAAAUGUAUCAGAUUAUUGAUCUCUAUUAAAUUUGGAGUCUGUUUGACAGCAAAAACACGUCUUUUAUACAUAAUUGUAAAUAAAUUUAAUCAGUAAGUGAUUAAGGGAUAUGAGUGUUUUUGUAAGGCACUGUACAUAAUAUAUUACAGUAGACAAAAACUAUUUUCACAUAGAACAUUAAGU